AUGGCCGACUGGUCUAUAAUCGAUCGCGAUUACAGCUGUUACGAUUACUAUCAAUACUAUCAGGAAAAAGAUCAAAAUGCGCCUGCGCAAUGCGUGCAAGAAUCCUACAAUUGUCCAUCGCCAACCCUGACUCUGCUCCUCUCUCCACCACAACCAUGUUGUCAAACUCAACAAACUCAACGGGAAAAUCCACGGGAGAUCCGCAACAAGGCGGAAAAGCAGAGGCGGGACAAAAUGAAUCAGUCCGUUCGCCGACUGGCCUCCAUAGUGCCGACGGUUACCAGGCAGGGUCGCAAAUUGAACAAAACCAGCGUGCUUCGGCUAGCUGCGCAUUACCUGCGCUCCCAUCAGCAUGUGUUCGGCAGCAGUAUAGACCGUGGCCCGGAAUUUAGUAUGAAGUUCACAGAAACGUUAUUAAAGAAUUUCAAAGGAUUUCUCAUCACAAUUACAUACAAAGGAAUAGUAGUUGUCGUUUCAAAGAACGUGCAAGAAUAUUUGGGAUAUUCCGAACUCGAUCUUCUUGGCCAAAACGUCUUUAGUAUCGUCCAUAAUGAUGAUCAUCAAUUACUGAGAGAUCAACUAUACCCGAGAUCAUGUGCGCUAACUUCGAAAGGAGAAUUGUCUAUACCAAAAGAAAUCGACGCUGAAAAGAAAAUCGCUGAAGCUCUCGCAAACGAAAGAAGAAGUUUUAUUAUCAGGUUUAAAAAACAUAGUCAACAAAGAUCUGAAGCAGUACAAUACGUUACUUGCCAUGUUGAGGGUUCUCUUAGAAAAUCAGACCUCGCGGGAGCGCGUUCGGAGCAAGUCAUAAAUGUCGGACGCCGUGUGAGAUCGAGAGGUGAUAAUCCCUUUGCAUGUGGAAAUGAUAUCGUGUUCAUCGGUAUGGUGCGGCCUCAUGUUGAAACUUUUAUAACUGAAAGCAGUUUAGAAUCCUUCAAAAUGGAAUAUCGAACUCGACAUUCAAUCGACGGCGAAAUAAUUCAAUGCGAACAACGAAUAGCGCUUGUAACAGGAUAUAUGACACAUGAAGUGAACGGGGUGAACGCUAUGAAUUUUAUGCACCGUGAUGACGUCCGAUGGGUGAUCAUUGCUUUGCGAGAAAUGUACGACCAACAUCGUUUAGUAGGAGAAUCUUGCUAUCGUUUAAUGACAAAAAACGGUCAGUUCAUCUAUAUGAGAACUCUUGGACGUUUAGACGUAGACCAGACAUCGAAUGCAGUAACAAGCUUCGUAUGUACCAAUACCGUGGUCGCUGAGCAAGAAGGAGAACAACUUAUAAAACUUAUGAAAAAGAAAUUUACGUUAAGGGCUAACAUAGCCGAGGACCCAAGGGAAGGAGAAGAAAUACCAGAGGAAAACGAAAAAGUGACACUGCCUGUAGAAGAUCCAACGCUACUGGAGAAAGUUAUACUUCAUUUGGUAACCGAUUUGCCGUCGCCAAAACCAGAUUACGGUGAAACCUUAGUUCCACAAGGCCACGGUGAUUCAUCUUCCUUACAUCUUGCUAUAAUACCACCAAGGAAAGAGAAAAUACAUGAAGCCAUCGCCAAAAGUUACAGUGUAAUCCGUUCUUGUUGUUCUACAAUGGCGGGGGAAAAAAGAAAAGAAAAUAAAAAAAAUCCUAAGCCCGAAAAUAUCCAACAAGUACUUUACGGAUUCGCUAAUACAGAGGUGAAUCUUCCAACGGUAUCCCAAAAUUAUUCCUGGGCGGAAACAAUUACAACAAAUAGGAUCACAGUUUCUAUAGCUGGUUCAUCUAAUGCGAUCUUACCAGGCCAUAGUUCACAAAACUUAAAUUGUUCUGACGUUCCACGACCAUCAAGCAGCCUUGUUCAGUUAUCAAAUGCCCAAACGAUAAACGCGCCAGAAAGAAACAACCCCAUGGUAGAAAGUCUACAACAAUCGUCUUGUUUCAAUUUGGCAUAUUCACAAGACCCUAUCCCCAGCACAUCUGGAGUUAAACGUAAAUAUCAGUACGAGAAGGUGGCAAAGAAAGCAGAAAAAAUGAAGCUUAAAAAGAAAGUGAAGAAACAUGGUUUGCCUAAAGAAAUUGAUGAGAUGCUCUGCCUUGAGUUGAUAAACAAUACUAUGCCAUACGAUAAUUUAUUGAUUAAUGGCGAGAUUGAACAUGUUUUGGAAGUAAUAGAAGAAAACGAUGGUAUCGAUAGUAGUAAUUUUAAUGAAAUUUUUAACUUAAUUGUCGAUAACUUUGAAGAGUAUUAUACUGAAGGCAGUACGGAUGAGGACAGCGAU